AUGCGAGAUGGAGCACCAGUUCUCCUCAAGAUUUGGUCGUCGACGUCCGCGCAAGAUGGGAAUGAAUUGGCAGUCCUCCAGUAUUUCUCUGAUCCUGCACACUCGGGCGAUCCCGACAAUCGCUGUGUCCCGCUGCUUGACACGAUAGACAUGAUGGAGUCGAGAAAAAACGGGGUUGAUUACGUAUUAGUGGAACCAAUGCUUUGCACGUGGGAGGAUCGGCCCUUCCUGAUAAUGGCAGAAGCAUUGUCAUUCAUCCGUCAGGCGUUCGAGGGCCUGGCAUACAUGCACUCUCACAACGUUUUUCAUGGAGAUAUACACCCGGGUAACAUCAUGAUGGACGCGAAGAACGUGUUUCCGAAAGGCAUUCCUGGGCCGUACAACUUCCAUCCGGACCAUCCCCUCAUGAUGAAACAAGCGAAACGGCUCAGUACGAUGCAGGCGCCGCCAAAAUACUAUUACAUUGACUUUGGCUCGAGUACUAUGUUCCCCAGCUAUGAGGAGAGAAAGCUUGUCAAGUUCAACGCGGCGGCGUUCAUACCACCUGAGUGCAAGAAUGACGCCGAUGCACUGUAUGACGGAUUCAAGGCAGACAUAUUGCAACUUGGAGCUACCAUCACGAUUCUAAUAAGGGACCGACCAGAACUUAACUGGGUCAUAUAUGCGCUCCUUUCGCGCAUGAUGAAGAGAGAUCCAGAAGAGCGUCCACCGAUCGAGGCGUUGGCCACAGCCUUUCGGGAAGUUCUGCGGGGUUUGCCUAACCGAAAGAUGCGGCGAAGAUUGAGCUGGACCAAAGAAGCUAGCCCACCAUUUCUACUGAAAGUUCGAUAUUGGUUCGAGUAUCUUGGGCUAUGGUGGCAGUCUUUCCGCUACGGUCUCCCUGACGAUAUUCUGCUCGACGACCCGAGCGAAUUAACCCCGACCCGUCCGACCCGUCGGCAAGCUGCGAAGCACCGCUGACCGGAAGCGAGACAGAGAUUAGGCUGUAUCAAAGAAACUCGCUUUGGAAGCUCUGCAAGCCCGACAUCGAAUGUAGACUCUCUUAGGGUGCGUCAACACGGCUACACAGGCACACGUCAUCACCGUGAUAAAC